GCUUUUGUCCAACCAAAGAGCAUUUGAAAACACAGAGAAAGAGGUGAAUGCAGUAGUCUCUCUCACUAGAGAGAGAAAAAACGCUUGUGAGUUUUCCCCAGAAGAAAUUAGAGCAAAGAAUCAAGAGAGAGAAAGAUGUUUGCAGCAGAGAAUGGAUUAAGGGGUGACCCGAGAUUGAAGGGCAUUUCUGAAGCCAUUAGAGUUGUGCCCAACUUCCCAAAACCAGGAAUUAUGUUUCAAGACAUAACCGCAGUUGUCUCUAAUCAUAAGGUCUUCAAGGAUACUGUUGAUAUAUUUGUAGACAGAUACAGGGACAUGGGCAUCUCUGUGGUUGCUGGAGUGGAAGCAAGAGGAUUUAUAUUUGCUCCUGCAAUUGCAUUGGCAAUUGGUGCCAAGUUUAUCCCUCUGCGUAAACCAGGGAAGCUUCCAGGUGAAGUUAUUUCCGAGCUGUACGAACUUGAAUAUGGUAAUGAUUGUUUGGAAAUGCAUUUGGGGGCUGUGCAACAUGGAGAACGAGCAUUGGUUAUCGAUGAUAUAGUGGCCACAGGAGGGACACUGUCAGCAGCCAUAAGGCUUUUAGAACGUGCUGGCGCUGAGGUGGUUGAGUGUGCAUGUGUUAUUGGAUUGCGAGAGGUAGAGGGACGGCGCAGGCUGGAUGGGAAACCACUAUACAUCUUGGUGGAACCUCGUCAAGACAGUUCCUAAACCUGAUUUCGGGCAUGCUGGAUUGGAUUGGUGUAAAUUACGAAGAGGGCGAUGCAGUGAAAGGUUACAGAAAGCGCGAUCAAGUUUCUGAUUCUUGUGUCCAUUGUUAGUAGCAAAGUAGUGAAUUUCCCUUCAUGAGAAUAAUUUCUUGGCCCUUUUUGUUGUAUAUUCAAUUUGUAUUCUUUUCUUGCACAUCACAUUUGUAUCAGUUUGGUAGGAAAUGGUAAUAUGCCUUUGAGGUUUAUGGAUGAAAGUCAUCAUA